UCCUCGCGCACAACCUCUCGCGAAGGAGGUUUAUUGUUUCGCUUCAUCUCCGGCAGAAAAUUGCCUCAGGUCUCUUGAUUCCAGAAUAAUAAAAAACAGCUGAACGGUAAAAAUGGCAGGAGGAAAGGCUGGAAAGGACAGUGGGAAAGCCAAGGCGAAAGCAGUGUCUCGCUCACAAAGGGCCGGGCUACAGUUUCCAGUGGGUCGUAUCCACCGACACUUGAAGACACGUACUACAAGCCAUGGGCGUGUUGGGGCCACUGCAGCAGUCUACAGCGCUGCUAUUCUCGAGUACCUUACUGCUGAGGUACUGGAGUUGGCAGGGAAUGCAUCUAAAGAUCUUAAGGUGAAGCGUAUAACCCCACGUCACUUGCAGCUGGCCAUCCGUGGUGACGAGGAGUUGGACUCUCUCAUCAAGGCCACCAUCGCCGGUGGAGGUGUGAUUCCACACAUCCACAAGUCCCUGAUUGGCAAGAAGGGGCAGCAGAAGACUGCAUAGAGGCUAGAGAGGGCCUGAGCUUGAAGGGUUCUCACUCCAACUUGGACAAAGCAGGCAGAGAGGACUGGCCAGA